AUGAUUCACCUGCAUUCUUCACUCCAGCACAAGUUCAUCACCGUCGCUACUGAUUUCUUCUCUAAGUGGGUGGAAGCUGACCCUUUGAAGGAGGCCUCCGGUGUCACCAUUCUCCAAUUCAUCUUUCAUAAUAUUAUAUGCAGGUUUGGCAUCCUAGAGGUUUUGGUGUCCGACAGGGGGGCAGCAUUCAUGGGUGGUGAUGUAGAGAAGCUCAUCAAUGACUUUGGCAUCCAGUUUAUCCAUAGCACACCUUAUAACGCUCAAUCCAAUGGUCAAGUGAAGGCCAGUAACAAGAUCAUCAUUACUCUGUUGAAAAAGAUGCUUGUUGAGAACCUUGGCCAGUGGCAUGAAACAUUGUAUGAGACACUAUGGGCUUAUCGCACUUCCAAGCGGAACCCUACUGCCACCACCCCCUAUGUGUUGAUGUUUGGCCACGAUGCGGUUCUCCUUUUGGAAGUGAAUGUUCAAUCCUUGUGCGUCCAAGAUCAGCAAUACUUGAUCGGUGAAGAUUAUGUCCAGGCUAUGUGGCAAGAGCAUGAAGACCUUAGCGACAAGCGCUUAGAGGCUUUGGACAGCUUAGUGAUGGAAAAGCAACAUAUCGCUCAUGCCUACAAUAGGCGGACGCGUGGCCGCAGUUUCAAAGAAGGUGAACUGGUUUGGAAGGCGAUUUUGCCAUUGGGUGAGAAGUUGACUGGCCGCGGUAAGUGGACUCCUCGUUGGGAAGGACCCUUUGUCGUUUAA